CAUCCGUGCACCUUCUCGCUCAUGCGAUGUCGACUUCGCGACAUGGCGACCAUUUUAGUUUCUCAUAAUGCUAACGAUGCAUCACUCAAAAGGGCACUUCUUACACCUAAUCAUUGCUUCGCCUCGAAACGGCUCAAACGCACACCUCCGUGCCAGAUCCUCCCGCACUACACGCCCAGUCUACCACCGUGGCCUACUAGAACAAGCAGUCGCUCGCCCAGGUCGGGGCCGCCUGACGGAGCCCGCAGACCCAGCAUGCAAACAAGUCCAAGGUCCUUUGCGAUGCCCUCGUUUGGCGCGGUUUUUGGAGAAGACGCACGCAACACUCACCUGAAACCAUUGCCCAGCGCAGACGGCACAAGCGCACAUGGAACCCUAACCAGGCCGCAUACGAGUGGGAGCGCAGUCCCUUUCUCUUCGUUCCACGUCCACCGCGACAGCCGGGACAGCACCUCGACUGCCUCGUCGGAUAACUCGCCCACAACGACGAUAUCCACAAUGGACUCAUCUUCGGUAACAGACCCAUCGCCAGGCCCGUCGCCCGAAUCCCCGGUUGCGAAGACUGCGACGUCCUUCGUGGCUGAUUUCCGGUCACGCAGGACCGACAAUGGUUCGCAAGAGUCGUCACCCAGUACCUUCUUCGAGCUGCAGAGGCCGACAACGCCCGCGAAGAAACCCCGCAACUUGAAGAAUCUCGGAAUCAACACUUCCACGUCGCUUGGAAACCUGCGCGUGAACCCCACGGCAUCUCUUCCGGCAGUGGAGAAGCAGGAGAAGAACAGCUCGGCACCUCCUUCGCCCUUGUUCAUCAAGCCCCCGACGCCCCCACGGCGGCGACCGUCCAACCUGAGCUUGACUAUAUCGACCCCCGGGAGCCAAGAGAACAAACCUAUGCGAUUGGUCAUUCCAUCAACACCGUCAUUCAAUCGCCCAGCGCUUCGUCACUUUCAGUCUUCUCCCUCGUUACCAUUAUGCUCACCCGCUGUGGGCCCAAAAAAUGGAAUGCAACUGCCGGUCCUUCGUCCCGUCAAGCCAAACGCACGUGGGUUGUCAGAAGUCCCGUAUGAGAUGGAGGAAGAGGAGGAGCAAGAGCCCAAUUUUGACAUUCCACAGUCGCGAGAAGAGAAGCCUGCAGCGUACCCGAAUGGGCCCAUUCAGAUCUACCCUGAGGGCGUCUUCCUGUACUUUGAGCCGACCGCGGAACAAGCCUGCACCUUUGAUGUGAUCGUCAACGUAGCCAGUGAGGUCAAGAACCCUUUCACCGCGCCGUCCGAAUCCCAGAAAGACAUUGACGCUCGUCGACUGGAUGGCCCCCCUGCUGAGAAUCCUGACUUUGCGUCCAUCCUAGACAGGAAGUCAUCUUCCGACCUGCAGCACAGCUCACCUACGACGCCGAAAGCUACACCUGUUCUUGACACUAUCCAUCCUUCUGAGUAUGUGAUUAACGGGAAGACGCACAAAACACCGGAGUACAUCCACAUGUUGUGGGAACACAACACUGACAUCGUGUCUGAUCUGUACAGACUGGUGAAAACUAUGGACGAGCGAGUGCAGCAAGGCAAGCGCGUUCUUGUCCACUGCCAGUGCGGUGUCAGCCGAUCUGCUAGUCUGAUCGUCGCAUACGGCCUAUAUAAGAAUCCUGGCAUGAGUGUCCAAGAAGCGUAUGACAUUGUCAAGAAGCGAAGCAAAUGGAUAGGGCCCAACAUGAACCUCAUCAUGCAGCUCCAAGAGUUCCGAAAUGGAUUGCUCAAAGCCAACGAGAGCCGUUCGUUCAAUCAAGGAUUCGGCAGACGAUCGGCUGGCCUCCCCACAGGUGUAUCGAUGGCCACAAACCGGCAUUCUCCCUUCGAUAGGAGCAUGCCUACCGGCCCACGAACACCUCGCACCGCGCCUUUGCCGCCUGAGACCGAUAUGAAUCUGCAACGCGCCAGUACUGGUAACAUGAUGGCGAUAUCACCCGGGCCCUUAUCAGCGCCAUCAGGCUCCUCGCUUUUUUCACCUGGAUUCCGUCAGUCAUGGGCAGCGAGCCAGACGCAAUUUGACCUUUCACCCAAAUCGUCACCGACCGCCACCCCGUACGUUGACCCCAAAGGCCACAUUGUACCGGUAUUGGCCAUAACCGACAACGAUUCUGCGGCCGUCGAGACUGAUCAGCCUCUGACGGAAGAGGUGCAGGCACAGCUGAGUGAGCAUGAGGCAGGCCUCAAACAACUACCUGUGCCAAACUUCUCCCGCCAAUUGCGUCUCAGAUCAGAAGAGAGCAGCCUCAAACUCGAUAGACCACGGACUUCGCCAAAUGUCAGCAGCCUCCUCCUUCCCUCCCAGGACCACGACUUGCCUCUACGGUCUCCUGCCGUUGCGACCUUCAGCCUGGCCCCCUCACGAGAUUACGACCUGCCUUUGAGGUCUCCGGCUGUAGCAUCUUUCAACAUACCUUUUCUCGCCCCGGACCACUCCCGCGACUUGCCCUUACGGUCUCCCGCUGUUGCAAAUUUCAACAUCCCGUCUCUAGCCCCGGACCAUGCGCUAAGAGUUCCACUCGGAUCACCUGCGAAACCAGAGUUCAAUCUUGACCCAUGGCCGAAGGGCUACGACUUGGACACAUACUCAAGAUCAGACUCGCCUCCGCCCCCGCCAUUAUCUCCCAGGACUUUUGAGUUCAACGUUCCUCAGGUAUAUGAGGAGGAAACACCCGAGCCACAGAACGCACGCUACAACCGGGCCUCGGACUCGACUAUUAAAAUGCCUGUUUUUGCGCCAAAUCUUAAGGACCGAAACGAGAACGAAUUUAUCUCUCCGGUCCGCACCGAGUUCCCCUCAGAUGCUUUUGGGCGGGAUACGGAUAUCGUAGAGCAAGAGCUGACCUCCCCGCGGGCGACUGAGUUCCACAUGACACCGCUGAAGCCCAGAGUUGCAGAUGAAGACCCGUUUGGCUUAGCAUCUCCGAGACGCUUCGAGUUCCCUCCUGAUAUUCUGAAGCACCGUAGCUUCGCCCAACAGGAAGCGGAGCUCGAAGCCGAGGCUCGCCGGCCGUCAUUCCAAGCAAUUCUACCCCCAUCGGAUCUCGCUCAGCCUGAGAGCGUUAACGGAUUCGCUUCAUUGAACGGUACAGCACAAGCACCGCCGGCUAUCCCAGCACCCGGCUUCACUCGUCCAAAGAGCGGAGAAUUUGACGCUCGCAUUGACAGUGUUAGUCCAACGGAAGAUAUCUCGUUCUCGGAGAGUCCUCUACCGACGUUGACGACUUCUCGACAGGAGCCUCCAGCCACGCCACAGUCUCCAAGUCAAGUGUUUUUAUCAACUCCAUCAAAGCAAACUGGAAUUCGGUCGCGAUUCUCUUCACCAAAUCUCCGAGAGCAGCGAAAGCUGCACAAGCUACAGACCGAGAUGGAGGCGAUGCUGCCCAAGGUGGCGCCGCAACCUACACAAACUGUCGAUGACCUGGAUGCUCUGAUGUCGCCACGUGCAGAAGAGUUCACACGCAACCCGUUCCAUUUCGACCUCCAAUCCCCCACCGAUGAAGUCAGCCCGGCAUCCUCGAAUGAGACUGUGAAGGAUGGCCAGAAUCGUACUGAGUGGACAGAGAAGCGGCAAUGGACACCACAGAAGUCACUCGUUGCAGACCCUCGAAGCCCGGUCCAGACAGGAAGCAGUCCCAUCGUGCGGAAUAUCUGGGAUGUCCUCUGAGACAAUUUCGCGAACGCUGUCCAGAA